GUUCAGUCAAUCCAGGAUAAACUAGGGAACGUUCCGUCGGAAUCCCCUCUAAUUCGAUCGGCGGAGCCGAUUCCGUCCGGAAAUUCUCAAACCGCGACUCGACUUGUGAUGGCGUCUCCACGUGUUGAACAAAUUCAGAAUUUUCCCGAAGACGUCAUGGAGGCUGAGACGGUAUUUGUACUAGCAAUUUUUUCCGUCUUCUUCGUGGUCGGUGCGUCUCUCUUCUAUUACGCUUGCUGUGUCACCGACAAUGAGGAAGCUGUCAAGAAGCUACGGGAGUCCUUGAAGCGUCGUCGUAGCUCCGUCAAGAUCUCGAUGACAGCCAUGUCGCAGUUUCCUCAUACGAUAGCGCCGGUCCGAGAUAGCAGCUCGGUCGGUAUUCAAGUCAUGCCACCCACGCCAGAAGUUUUCCAGCCUCCUCCCGAAUUCAGCGAAGGAACCAGCCGCGGCCACAGCUAGAGCAGUCCACGGCUGACCUAAAUUCUCGGCUCCAUUCGCUUGCAGUAAAGGCAGUUCCUCGAGUAUGACCCCGAAUCGCACACCGUCUCCUGGUGCAAGGACCGGAGAGGAGCACAGGAACUCGAUCGAUUGUUCGAACCACUCGAACGUGUUGUCACUUCUACUUCAGGAGUACCUCAAUAGCUCCGUCGGAGCCAAGGGGAACGCCAACAGCCACUCGAACAGCAGUAGCAUCUCGUCAACCGGUGGAUCUCCAAAGGUCAUCCAUCUGUGAAAACCGUCCAUCUUAAUCUUCUGC